UUUUUCCUUUAUUUUUUUUCCUGGUUCUCGUCUUUCGGCCUGCGCCAGAGCGUCACUGGGCUGGCCGCACACGCGCACGCACGCAUGCACUCACGCACGCACGCAUGCUCGCACUCGCACCCCGGCACCUGGCUCCCGGCACCUGGCAAUGGGACCAAACAACCAAGACAAACACGCUUGCAUGCUUAUCGCGCACUGCGCACCACCAUCGUCUUCCGUUGUCGUACAAAUCGCCCGCAAUUCACCUCUUUUGGCGCUUGCUCCUAAACCGGCGCAGCAAGCCGCGCACGCCCCCCUUCUUCUCCUUCUCUUUCUUCAUGUCUUUCUCCGCGUCGUUGCCAAAGCCCACGCACGCACCAGCGCCAGCCUUCUCAUCCACAGCCCCCCGCUCAGCACCAGCAGUAAUUACUGGCGCAGGGUUGCUCGUCGGCGCCGGCGCCGACUUGCGCUUGUCGGCCUCGUCCAGGCGCAGACCCAGGCCCUCAGGCCCGCUGGGGCUGUCGCGCGCACCGGGCGCCGCGGCCUGAGCCUCGCGCGUCGGGGGCCGGGCGUAGAAGGCCGACUGGGCCUUGGGGCGCGGCGCCGCCGGCUUCGACGAGUGGACCGUAUACGGCUGGUGGCGCGACUGGCGCGGCGUGUCGUUGUCCGAGUUGGAGGAGUCGUCGUCGUCCUCGCCGUCGCUCGACCCGCAUGUCGACGCGUACUCGCCCGAGAACUUGUGGUCCUCGAUGGCGGGGAGGACGAGGUCGUCGUCAUUCAGCAGGAUCUCCGGGGUGCGGGGCGGGCCAUCGCGAAUGUCGAUGCCGCUGCUGUGGCGCUUGGGGUUGCGCCUGCUAUGCGCGCGCCGCAUGAAGGCCGUGCCCGUGCUGUGCGCCCGCGUCCGCGUCUUCGGAUCCGACGUGGGCGCUGAGUGGAUCGUCUCGGACGACCCGCUGCGCCCAGGAUCGCCGCUCAGCAUCGCGAGCGCGUUGUUCCGGUGAAGCAGCCGCGAAACGUGGCGGUGGUGGUGCUGGCUCGGCGCAUCGGGGAUGCCCGGGCUGCUCGAUCGCGAGGGCGUCGUGAUGUUCUUGAUGCUGGCCAUACUCACCGUCCGCACGGGCGAGAACGGCAGCGGCGACGGACAGGGGCUCGAGGUGAUGCUGUCGCGGAUGCUGUCGCGGAGCGAGUCGCGGUGAUGGCGUUGGCGGUUGUAGUUGAAAACAGGUG